AUGAUAUUCACAGAGUUAGCUCGAAGUGCAACACGACCUCUCCGAAAGGUCCAGUCACAUCUGGUAGUCAUUCAACCGAUGCGAACGGUUAUGACUUGGGCUGAACAGGACCACUGGGAAGACCCUCGCGGUCCUUUGGGUAUUGACAGACCAAGCCCAAAGCUUGCACCCCUCACUCCUGAAAGUCCACAGUGGCUUCAUGACCUUCAUCGGCAUGGUUGGGCUCUAGUGAAGGGGGCAGUUCCGAAGGAAAGGGCCCUCAAAUAUGCCGAAAAGGGCGAGGAUUGGCUCGAGGGAUUUAAAAUGGGAUAUAAGCGCGAUGACCCGUCCACAUACAAGUCAAAGAAUAUCCCACGACAUCGCUACGGGGGGCUCUUUGAUCACUUCUCGUUUGCCCACGCUCAGUUUGUCUGGGAUUGUAAAUCGGAGCCUGGGGUCCGGGAUAUUUUUGCAAAGAUCUGGGGUACCGAUAAACUUACCGUCUCGUUUGACGGAGGCACGCUUGCUAUUCCCACUCCUGAUGAGGCUGAUCACGGCAAAGCACCCUGGCCGCAUUCGGAUCAGAGUGCCUACAGACCUUGGCCGCAUUGCAUUCAAGGCCUCCUGAACCUUCUUCCAAAUGGUCCCAAUGAUGGUGGUCUCGCAGUCAUGUCAGGCACCGCCCCUCUAUUCAAGCAAUACUUUGAGGAGCAUCAAGCCCCCGACGGCGGUUGGAUCAAGAGGGACCUUUUCAAUUGGACAGAUGAAGAGCUUCAAUGGUUCAAGAACCGUGGCUGCGAGUGGGUGAAGCCCAGCAUGGAUCCCGGUGACUUCGUCCUCUGGGAUUCGCGCGCCGUGCAUUACGGGGCCGCACCCCUUGGGAACAACAAGCGCAUGGCUGUUUAUACAUGCUAUAAACCCAUCGAAUUCCUUACUGAAGAGCAAAGAGAGCGCAAAGUAGAGGCCUUCAAGCGAGGCUACAUGACUUCGCAUGAUCCAACUGACUUUGUGCUAAAGGAAGAGCAAAUGGCGGACUGGAAUACGCUCCAUCCUUAUGGGCCCCCAACUAUCAAUAAGGAGACUCAGCAGGCUAUCGGAAUAAUCCCGUACGAUUGA